AUGGCCCCCUCCCCCUCCCGCCUCACCGGGGCAUUCACCACCCUCAAGGACACCAUCCUCGCCCUCAUCGACCCGUGGAUCUUCCUAUCCCUCUCCGCCUCCUACCUACCCACAACCAUCCUCUCUCUCCUGCGGCAACGGCGCUUCCUCGCCCUUCUCGGCGGUCCUCUACUCUCCUCUGAAUUCCAAUCCGUCUGGUUCGGCCACUUCUGGUCCCGCGCCGGUCCCCAAGUGCGCAGCAACGCCGAAGCGAACGUCGUGCCCCUGCUAGAAGGCAGAGUAUCCAAAGGGCAAGUUGUUCCCAAGAGCGAAGCGCACGCGCCCGGAGUCGGAGGAGUCGUGCUGGAGAUUGGACCGGGGAGUGGCAUGUGGGUUAGCUUGUUUAGUGAUGACAAGUAUCUAAAGGAUGAGGAGAAGGAGGAGCAAGGAGGGGAAGAUGAUGCCGAGGAGGAAGGACUGUCGGCUAGUUGGGCGACGAUAACGCCUUCUUCUGAGCAGCAACAGCAACAACAACAACAACAACAACAAAAGCAGGCGACGAAAAAAGUGGUGGGAAGUCGCCAGAGGAUAACGCAGGUGUACGGCAUCGAGCCCAAUUAUGGCAUUCACCCGCUGCUUCAACAUAACAUUGCGCAGGCAGGGCUGUCGCAGACGUACACCAUCCUUCCCUUUGGCAUCGAGGAUAUCGAACGCUAUGCGCCUCAGAUCCAGCCUGAAUCUUUGGAUUGCAUCGUCUCCAUCCUCUGCCUUUGCAGUAUUCCGGAGCCUCAAAAGAACAUUGCCAUCCUGUACCGCUAUCUCAAGCCGGGCGGCCGUUGGUUCGUCUACGAACACGUUAAGUGCUGCUCUAGCAAGCCGGGCGGUUGGUUCAUGAAUGUCUACCAGGCCUUUGUCAACCUCUUCUGGCCAAUCUGCCUCGGCGGAUGCCAGCUUCGUCGCGAUACUGGCCGCUAUCUGAAAGAGGCUGGACCGUGGACAGACGUCGACUUGGCUCAGCCGCCUAAGGAACAGUGGCACCACACCGUGCCCCAUAUCUAUGGCAUCUUGACAAAAUAAGUAGAAGCGCUACGGUCACGGAGUCCAGAAAUCAUCACUGCACCAAGUCACCACCGAGUCAUUAGCGAGGUCAGGGUGUCGCAUACAUGAUCGUUGAGGCAACCUUUCAGGCUCGAGAUAUGUAGCACCUGACUAGAACUACCUAAAGACUGUCUCUAG